GGCGGGGUGCCGGGUGGGGCGGGCGGGGGAAGCAGGAGGCGGAGUCUGUGGCCAUGGCGUCCGAGCGGCUCCCCAGCCGGCCCGCCUGCCUCAUCGUGGCCAGCGCCGCCGCCCGCGGUGUGUCGGCCCACUCAUUCCUCCACUGCUUCACCAUGGGCAGUGCCGCCUUCAACUUGCAAGUGGCCACACCAGGAGGGAAGGCCAUGGACUUCGUGGGUGUGAACGAGAGCAACAUGCGCUGGAUCCAGGACUUCCGCAUGAAGGCCUACGCCAGCCCCGCCAAGCUGGAGUCCAUCGACGGUGCCAGGUACCAUGCCCUGCUCAUCCCCAGCUGCCCCGGGGCACUGACUGACCUUGCCAACAGCGGGUACUUGGCCCGGAUCUUGGAGCACUUCAGCACCGAGCAGAAGCCCAUCUGCGCCGUGGGGCACGGCGUGGCCGCCCUCUGCUGCGCCACCAAGGAGGACAAGGCUUGGGUCUUCCAGGAUUACAGCCUGACCGGGCCCCCCGUGUGUGAGCUCAUCCGGCAGCCCGGCUUCGGCAGCCUGCCCAUCAUCAUGGAAGACUUUGUGAAGGACGCGGGGGCCUGCUUCAGUGCCAGCCAGCCGGACGCCGUGCACGUGGUCCUGGAUCGGCACCUGGUCACGGGUCAGAACGAGGCCUCCACGGUGCUCGCGGUGCAGAACCUGGUGUUCCUGUGCGGCAGCAGGAAGUGAGCGGAGACCUGGGCGCCCGGGCCAAGGAAGCGGCUUCAGCCCCGGCUUUGUGGCUGCGUUUCCUCCUGUGAGCCCAGGAGAGCUGGGGGGCUCUGGCAGGGCCUUAGAACUGGACGAAGCGGCUUCCUGACACUGUGCUGGGACGGGGGGCCUUGGCCGGACGGGACCCGACCCGGCCCCAGCUGCUGGGGGACUCCCGAGAGGGGGCGGGGAGGCCUCUGACCUGGCAGCCGCUGUCGCCGGUGGGGGUUCCCACGCAGGGAGCCGGGCUGCGGCUGGGCCCACCUUCCGGUGCCCUCAGGCCUGGGGACAGUGGCCCUGUCGCCUCAGGUUUCAGGCAGAGCCCGUCCUGCUUCCUGCUGCAGGGAGAGAGCCCGGCAGGCCAGACCAGGGGCUGGGGCACGGCCGAGCCCCCGCCCCUCGAGCACAUUUAUUUCUGGGAAAGGCUCCCACCCCCCACCCCCUGACCACAGCCACAGCCUCGGGCUCCCCUCCAGUCCCUCUCCCGCCUCCAAAGUGAUUCUCCUGCACUGGAGGUCCCGCCGUUAUCCCCAUUGUUGUCCCAUCUGUGUGUGUGGGGGGGUCGUUCUCCCCUCGGCUCCCAGUUAGCCCCGGGCCAUUCUGUGCAGCCCGGCCGGACGUCCGGGGUCGUGGCUCAUUUUGUACCGGACUUGGCCCGGACCCCCACGCGCCCCCCCAGGCAGGGGCGCCUUGGUACCAGUCCUCUGGGUUUGUCGUGGAUCGUGGGGCCUGAGGAGAGCCAGGUCACAGUCACCCCAGGGCUCUCCCUGUGCGCCACGUCCUCGCUCUGCAUCAGCUCCUGCCAGUUUUUGCAGAUUGGUUUGUUACCUGCACUGGCUCCCCAUUGCCUCCGGGAUCCAAUGAAAACGGCUCUGCUUGGCAUUCGGAGCCCUCCCUGACCUGCCCCCUCCUCCCUGGGCCCGGAGCACUCUCCCUCCUCCCUGGGCCCGGAGCACUCUCCCUCCUCCCUGACCUGCCCCCUCCUCCCUGGGCCCGGAGCUCUCUCCCUCCUCCCUGACCUGCCCCCUCCUCCCUGGGCCCGGAGCACUCUCCCUCUUCCCUGACCUGCCCCCUCCUCCCUGGGCCCGGAGCACUCUCCCUCCUCCCUGCCUCCCUCAGGAAGCCUGCCCCCACCCCACCCCCAGCCGGGCCCCCGGAGCACAGGAGGGCUUUGUGUCCCCGGCACUUGCUCAGGACAGGACUUGGCACAACAGCAGGUGCCGAAUAAAUGUUUAUUGACCGGAA